GAGACAUUUUAGCCCGCUAAAAAACCCCAAUUCGAUGCCCUAAAUUAGACGAAGCGGUUAGGCUUCGACUACCGCCAAUUUGAUUCGAGCUGCAGUAAAUUCGUGGUUUGGUGUAGUUGGGCUGCAUCUUCAAGCUUAUUCAGAACCUGUCAAUUUUCAGCAUAAGAAAUGGAUAUGAAUGAAGAUCAUUAUGAGGUUCUUGGUUUACCAUCUGGAGAGGAAGGCGCUAAGCUUACAGAGAAAGAGAUUACAAAGGCAUACAGAGCAAAGGCUUUGGUGUUGCACCCUGACAAGAGGCCAGAUGAUCCUGAUGCCAGUGUCAAUUUCCAAAGGCUCAAAUCAUCGUAUGAGAUACUCAAGGACGAAAAAGCCAGGAAAUUGUUUGAUGAGUUACUCAAAGUUAAGAGACAGCAGAAACGCCGCCAUUUAGAACGUGAUGCCAAGCGACAAAGGAUGGUCUCUGAUCUUGAAGCAAGAGAACGAGCUGCCUUUGCUCCAGACCCAGCUGCCAAAGAUAGAGAAGAAGAGGAGAGAAUUUCUAGGAAACUUGCUGAAGAGGUUGCGAGAAUACGUGCAAUGCAUGCAAAUAAGGGGGCGCCUACUGCUUCAGUUCCAAAAAAAGAUAAUGGGAGAGUUGGGAAGGAGAGUGUGGGUGGUGCUGAGCAAGGGGUGGAUAAGGAAAGGGUGCUUAAAGUUACAUGGGAAAAGGUUGGUGAAGAUUAUACAGCAGAGAGGUUGAGAAACUUGUUCUCCGCGUUUGGUGAGGUUGAAGAUGUUCUUAUCAAGUCUAAGAAGAAAGGUUCAGCCCUGGUUGUAAUGGCAACUAAAGAUGCAGCUGUUGCUUCAACAAGAACUAUGACCGGUGACCUUUCUAAUCCAUUGCUGGUUAAACCUCUUCAACCAGUUGCUGCGCCAUUGGCUCCAGCAGCUCAGAAAUCUGAUGCACCUGAUCGUCUUAAUAAUUUGGUUGGCACUGGGUAUCAAUCUUUUGAGGAUGCCGUUUUGAAGAAACUCGCACAGGCUGCGCAGAAGCAAAAGUAAUAUUCAGAACUUAAGAAGCAUGAAAGGAUGGUUGAUCUCAAAAGCAAGUUUAUGAUCUCGAUGGUUUUAGUGUAUAGGGAACUGGUGUGGAGUUUCUCUCUCCAACUAUCCCAUGAAUCCAUGAUAAUGCAAAGGAAGAACUCUUGGUGUUAACGGUGUUGAAUAGUAUUAGAUACUAAUCAUCAGGUCCAGCAUUGGUGGCUGUGCUAUACAUUUUACAUUUCAUAUUUACAGAAGAAUUUCUAUUGGCCAUAACCAAUUGUUCCAUGGGAGGUGACAUUUAGAGCCCCUUGCAUAUUAUCAUUUUAGGCUUGUAAUUUGUAUCAAAUAACAAAUUACUGGAGUUUUCUUCCUUUA